AUGAAGUCCCCAAUCUACCUUCUGACCGCACUACUGCCCCUGACCCUGGCCCUACCCUCCGCCGAAGAAGCCGACGUCGACUCCGACGACAUCGACGUCCACCUUGCGGCCCGAAAGUCCUGCAAGUCAAGCAAGCAAAUCAACUACUACCAAUGGCCCGUGGUCCAGACCGGAAGCUAUCAGGCGCAGACUAACGUUGAUUACCGGUGCAAGUGGAGAAAUGGCGACUGGUACAAGACUGGCAAGGGUUGGUGGGUGCGGGGAAGCGAUGUCCCCAGCAAUUGCAAGAGCGGCCUGCCCACCUGCAGCGUCUGA